UAAAAAAUAAGAGUUCCAAAGUAAGAACACAAAAUCAAGUGAGUCAAGUGUCGGAACAAGCUGAGUCUAACUCGGUUUGCACACACACACACACACGAGAAACAACAGUGUGUGUGAGGACCGAGAAUCGGAACAAAAAAAAUCAUGGCGGUGAGGGCCACAGUCUCGCGUUUCCCAAUUGAUACAGACGCACGCGAAGUUUCCGGCCUCUUAUGGGGAGUAACCGUCGCACCCUUCGCCGCCGUCGACGAAAACGGCCAAUCUCCGGUAUACGGAUCCGACGGCGACCUCUUACCUCGUUGCGAGAAUUGCUGGGCUUACUUCAACACCUACUGCGAACUUGAACAAUGGUCAUGGUCUUGCUCUCUCUGCGGUAAUCUCAAUGGUCUCUCUUCUGAUGCUAUCGAACGAUAUUCUCGUCCUCAAUCUUGCGCUGAAAUGAUGUCUUCGUUUAUAGAUCUUGAAUUGCCUCCGCAAGAAUCGUCUGAUGCUGCUGCAUUGCAAGCUUGUCCUGUUUAUGUUGCUGCUGUUGACUUGUCAUCUUCCGAGGAGUUUCUGGAACUCACUAAAAGUGCGUUGCUGGCAGCUAUGGAAGCUCUUGCUCCUGGUUCACUUUUUGGGCUUGCUACAUUCAGCCAUAAACUAGGACUGUAUGAUGUUCAAGGUCCAAUACCUGUGGUGAAAAAUGUUUUCGUCCCUCCUGAUGCAGAGGGCACCUUAUCAAUUGAGCUUGAAGAUGUCAUGCCUUUGUUACAAUUUCUGGCUCCCGUGGAUACUUGUAAGGACCGUAUUGCAUCUGCACUUGAAUCACUUAGACCAACAACUUCAUGGGAGAGAACCGCCGGAUCAGGUCAAGGAAUGGAAGGUGUUCUGCUAGGUGGGCGUGGUUUUGGGGUGGCAAUGGAAGCCCUCUGCAGUUACCUUGGAUUUGAAUAUGGAAACACUUUUGCAUUAGCUAGAAUCUUUGUGUUCUUGUCUGGUCCUCCUGAUUAUGGAGCUGGACAAUUGGACACAAGGCGAUAUGGCGAGCAAUAUGCAAGCAAAGGGGAGGAUGCAGAUCGUGCUCUACUCCCAGAGCAGACACCAUUUUAUAAAGAUCUGGUAUUUAACUUAUUGAUAUUGUUACUGCUCUUUCCCAUUUACGUAGAAGUGGAAGAAUUGACAUGUGUUUCACAGGCUGCUGUUGCUGUUCAAGCAGGUGUAUGUGUUGACAUAUUUGCUGUAACAAAUGAGUAUACUGAUUUGGCAUCACUAAAAUUUCUCAGUAUUGAAAGUGGGGGCUCUUUAUUUUUUUAUACAAGUACCGAAGAUUCAACUUUGCCUCAGGACAUAUAUCGUAUGCUAAGUAGGCCAUAUGCUUUUGGUUGUGUCCUGCGAUUAAGAACCUCAACUGAAUUUAAGCCUGGAAAUUCUUAUGGUCACUUCUUUCCAGAUCCAGAGUAUGAAAAUGUUCAACAUGUCAUAUGCUGUGAUUCUUAUGCUACAUAUGCUUAUGACUUUGUGUUUGAGAACAACAUUGGAUUUUCAAGUAAAGCAGAUGUUCCUACACUCCAGAUUGCAUUCCAGUACUCAGUUGUAGUUCCUCCUCAGGAGCUUUCCAAUUCAGGCGAGGUCUCUACAAGCAGAACCAAGCAUCAUUCCCUUCAACGUCGGCUAAGGAUCCGAACGGUGCAGUUUGGUGUUGCUCAGAACAUUAACGAACUUUACGACAGCUGUGAUCCUGAAGUUGUUCUAUCUUUGCUCGUGCACAAGGUUAUACUUGCCUCUUUGGAGGAAGGAGUUCGGGAGGGUAGACUUCUGCUUCAAGAAUGGCUAGUUAUCCUUACAGCUCAGUACAAUGAUGCUUAUAAACUUGUUCAGUAUAGUAGUGGAAGUUCGAUAAGAUCUCAGCUUGAUGUUGCCUUCUCUCAAUGUCCUCAACUGCAGCCCCUACCACGUCUAAUCUUUGCUCUCCUUCGAAACCCUCUUCUUCGCUUUCACGAAGAAGGUGUUCAUCCCGACUAUCGCAUAUAUCUUCAAUGCUUGUUUAGUGCGUUGGAACCGAGUUCCCUUCAUCGUGCUGUGUAUCCAGUAUUGACUUCAUAUGCUACUCCAGACAAACAAGCAUAUCCUCGCCAUUCCUUGAGUCGGGCUGCACUGCUUACCAGUGGCAGUCCAAUAUUUUUCCUGGAUGCGUUCACAAUUCUGAUUGUGUUUUAUUCUUCAACUGCAGACCCAACACUUCCUUUUCCUCCACCCCAUGAUUGUUUGUUAAGAAAUACAAUCAACAAAUUGAAGAAAGAGAGAUGCAUCACUCCGAAACUCAUUUUUAUUCGAGGAGGGCAGGAUGAUGCCUCAAUUUUCGAGAACUUCCUGAUUGAAGAGCAGGAUGUUGAUGGAAGCGGUCUUACAAGUGUGAUGGGUUUCGUUUCCUUCCUUGAAGAUAUAACUGUGAAAGUUUUAGAAUUCAUCAAAUAGAGAUCCCUUUGGGGUGCAAUGUGUAUUUUACAGAUACAGGAAAAUAGGUAAUAAUACUUACAUUAAGGGAGCUUCCAUUUUGUGAGGAAGGAUUCAAGUUAGUAAAGAAUGCACAUUCGAGUCAAGCUGGUGUUUUCCCCCUUUGUUGUACCUGUCCUUUUUUUUUAAAAUCAUUUGUGAUCCCUUUUGAAUUGCUAGCCAAUGUAUAUUAUAUUAAUUUUUAUAUUUUUACCUUUGUAAGACCCUUUCUUCUGUAUGUAUGGAGAUGUCACUGCUGUUGUGUUGAUCUA